CGUGUAACGGAUACUCGUGUUGAAUAAUACGCGCUCCGAUCUGCGAGACUUUAUAUACGCACACGCGCGUUCGCCGUUCCUAUUGUGUGUGGUGGUAGAGCUGGCAUGCUACAUUCCAGUGGUAUAUAUAAGGGCGACUCUUCCGCACCGAUCAUGCAUUGUAACUUCAGGGCGUCGCGGAGUGCAAACUCAGUCUCGCGCGUACCGCUCCGCUCCGCUCCGCUCCGCUCGGCUCGCUCUUGGGGUUGAAAGAAAUCCCACGUUGUUUCCUCUUACACUUGCGCGACGCAAAACUCUUUGCGCUUUUCGCUUUCCCCACGCGAGAUUUCACUUGCCAACUCUACUAGUGUCUAAGAUCGCGUCCUUCGCUCAGAACGCCGGCCAACGCUUCCGCGAUAAGAUCAUUCUCUCUCUCUCUCUCUCUCUCUCUUUUUUGAUUUGCUCUACGAUCGCUCACGGUGAGAGACAUAGAGUCUUACCGUAAAAGUUAAAAGUAUCCAGUCUUUAGUAUAUUUAAAGUCUCCCGACGUAACCUUUACCGUUUUCUUUUCUUUUUUUUUCGGGUUUGCGUGAAAAAUUUCGCUGUGCGAGCACCCUAUUGAGAGAGUUGCCUGAUAAUAACGAGCAAGUAUCGAACGGUUGAUCAAGUGCAUCGAACAUGGCUAUCGCGGAGAUCCUUUUGGCAGGAGGAUCCUGGGUGACCGUUUCUCUAUCUUUCUGCCUAUUUUCUCUGUUCUUCGUCCUGCUACUACAACGUAUGAAAUUUCUGUACGCCUUGAGGAAGGUGCCCUAUCCCACCGCAAUGCCUGUCAUCGGCAACGCUUAUCAGCUCAACUGUACGCAAGAAGAGUUCUUCCAAAAAUUGGUGAAAUGGGCAUACAAGUUUGGCGACAUUUAUCUGGUCUGGGUUGGUCUUCGACCCUUUAUUUUUCUCUACAGAAUAGAGGCCGUGCAGCCUUUACUUAGCAGUAGCACGCAUAUCGACAAAAGCUUGGAGUAUGCGUAUCUAAAACCUUGGUUGGGUACCGGUUUGUUGACCAGUAGUGGUGAGAAAUGGCACUUUCGCAGGAAGUUACUGACACCGACCUUUCACAGCGGUCUCCUCGAAGUAUACUUCAAGACUGCAAAAGAAGAGAUAGGCGUUCUAAUGUCCUGCCUUGAGAAAGAAAUAGGAAAAUGUUUUGAUGUAGUUCCUUACGCGAAACGCGCCGCCCUCGACAUAAUAUGCGAUACUGCGAUGGGUUACAAGCUUAAUGCACAAAAGAAUUUCAAAAACGAUUACGUUAAGGCUGUAGACAAGCUAGCAUCAAUCGUACAAAUGCGCUUCACAAAUGUAUGGAUAUCAUCUGAUUCAAUCUUCAAGUUGACCAAGACGGGACAAGAGCACGACCACUUAAUUAAAAUUAUACAGAAAUUUGUUGACAAGGUAAUCGCAGAAAGAAAAGUAGAAUGGAAAGCAAAAAGCGAUAAUAACUUCAACGAUUCGAGGAAGAAGAGACGGGCCUUGCUGGAUUUGCUGUUGGAAAUGUCGCAUAAUGGCACAGUUCUUUCGGAUGAAGACAUUAGAGAAGAAGUAAAUACAUUUAUGUAUGCUGGACACGAUACGAUGGCCACCAGCAUAUCUUGGACACUUUAUGCACUAGGACGACAUCCUCAAUAUCAGGAAAAAAUUCUGGACGAAUACAACGACGUGCUAGGCACGGACGAGAUAACAUUCGAAAAUAUACAAAAAUUAACAUGGUUAGAAGCAUGUAUCAAGGAGCAAUGGAGAAUGUAUCCAGUAGCUCCGCUUAUUGCGAGGCAAAUUUAUAAACCAAUUGAAAUAAUGGGCAAUCAAAUUCCAGCGGGUUCCACGGUUCUCAUCAACUCCUACUUGCUACACCGCGACGAACGUUACUUCUCCGAGCCGCACGUGUAUCGUCCAGAGCGAUUCUUGUCCGACGGCCCUAAGCUACCUCCUUACGCUUUCAUCCCCUUCAGCGCCGGCUCGCGCAAUUGCAUUGGCUGGAAAUUUGCCACGUUAGUAAUCAAAGUAGCCAUCUUAUCCCUGUUAAAAGCCUAUCACGUGGAGGCUCUCGACAAAGAGGACCAAUUGCGUUUCAUAUCCGAAUUAGUGUUAGUAAACGCAAACGGACUACGCCUCAAAAUCACCCCACGUGAGAAUAAUAAAAUGUAAUAUUUCCCUAUCUAUUUAAUUUCCUUCGAAUCGAUGUCAAGAUAAAUUUAUUUUCUUUUUACACCUUCUGAAAAUUUCUUUUUGCAAUCCACAACUGAGACCUUUAAUAAUAAAUGAUAACGUAAAGAAAUAAUGUAAGGCAAACUGGAAAGAUAUUCACCCAUUUGAUGGCAAUGUAAUUGGCUGUUUUCUUCUUUUGUAUAAUGUUCUAAUUUCUCAAAAAUAAAAUAAACUGUUCAAUUUCAAUUAAAAUUAAUAUUUUACUCUUUUAUAAAAUAAAAGAAUAAAAUUAGAUCUAAUUUUAUUCUCAUAUUAUUUUGCCUUACAUUACUUCUUUACAUUUUCAUUCGUUAUCAAAGAUUUCAGUUGUCUUUAAAUUCUUCUAUUGCAUUUCGAGGAUUCCAAAAAAGUAUUUUUCAAUUUAUCUUGACGUCGAUCUAUGCGGAUUUAAAAAAACUUAGGUUUAAAUUAAUAUUAAUUAUACUAGUUAUAAAUAUUAGUUAUAAUUUUAUAAGUUGAUUAUAAGUACAUAAAUUAAGAAUACUACUAUAAGUAUAUUAAUUAAGAAUAUACAGUAAAUGAUCUACAGGAAAUAAUCCUCCAGGUCGUUUCUGUUUCAUCUGCAACAAUCAUGCACGAAGAUCCCAGCAAAUUGUGCCUGCCAUACUGUACAAAUACAGUAUGUCUGGCCAAAGUAAAAUAGUUGUCACUCGUUCAUGACAGAAAUACAUACAACAUGGCAACGUCCAUCAAUUUUUUUAUAAAUUCACAUUUAUCAAUUUCAAAAAGUUAUCAAAU